GAGAGAGGGAGAGAGGGAGAGAGAGAAAGAGAGAGAGAGAGAGAGAGAGAGAGAGAGAGAGAGGCGCGCGCAAAUCCACUAAGCAAAGUGCUGUUGGUGAGCAUUGUCCAAAUGGAUGGAACGAAACCAGCUAUGGAGGCGACAAGCGAGGAGAAUCAGGAUGAAAGAGAGGAGAGCAAAGGUUGCUUGGACUGCUGCAUUAAAUGUCUGGGAGGUGUCCCUUACGCCUCACUGGUGGCCACCAUCCUGUGCUUCUCAGGCGUGGCUCUGUUCUGCGGCUGCGGGCAUGUGGCACUGACGAGCACCAUGACAAUGCUGGAGAACCACUUCUCCCACAUCACAGCCGACCAUGCCACCCUUGGUGACGUUGUUCAGAUUCUGCAGUACAUCAUCUAUGGCAUUGCUUCUUUCUUCUUCCUGUACGGCAUCAUCCUGCUGGCUGAGGGCUUUUACACAACCAGCGCAGUCAAGGAGAUGCACAGCGAGUUCAAGACCACUGUGUGUGGCCGCUGCAUCAGUGCCAUGUUUGUGUUCCUGACCUACAUCUUGGGCUUGGCUUGGCUGGGCAUCUUUGGUUUCUCCGCUGUGCCAGUCUUCCUCUUCUACAACAUGUGGACCACAUGCGCUGCCAUGAAGUCUCCCAUUGCCAACCUCACCUCUAUCGACAACAUCUGUGUGGAUGUGAGGCAGUACGGAGUCAUUCCCUGGAAUGCAGAUCCUGGGAAAGCAUGUGGACAAACCUUGGCUGACAUUUGCAACACCAGCGAGUUCUAUUUGUCCUACCAUCUCUACAUUGUUGCGUGUGCUGGAGCUGGAGCCACUGUGAUUGCACUGGUGCACUACCUGAUGAUCUUGUCGGCAAACUGGGCGUAUCUGAAAGGCGCGUGCCAGCAGACUCAUGCCUACCAGGACAUCAAGACCAAGGACGACGGCGAGCUGCAGGAUGUGCAGUCGCGCUCAAAGGAGGGCCUCAACUCAUAUUCGUAAACAACACAUCAACUUCAUUCCACAACUAAACACACACACACACACACACAGACACACACACACACACAUACACACACACGCACACACACAAAACAGAACAGAGCUAACUAACAUGGCCUAGUAGUGUGCUACAGCAACAGUGUGUUAUAGAGCAGUUAUGACCAUGAUACAAGGCCAUUUAUCGUUUUUACAUGACGGUCAUAAGAUGUGUUUUACUCCACUUUGGUAAGUAAGAUGGUAUGGAAAUGCAUGCAUGAUAUUCAGAAUAAUUUCAGAUUAUUUCUGUGCUUUUUGUUAAAGACCAGUGGUUAAAACUGAAGUAAAAAUUCCAGGUUACGACUGUUGACACUGUUGACGUAACACACAACCUCACAGCACUUACUGUCUGCACUAACAUGCUACAGACAUUUUGCAGGAACUGAGUGAACUUGUAUGAAUGUUGUUGUUUUUUUAAUACUUAAUAACGUAUGACUGGUUUAAUAUGAAACUUCUCUGAUGUCUUUCUCUCUCGCUCUUGGUUAAUGGUUUCCUAAACAGCUUUUUUUUUACUACUAACAUUUUUUUUUUAAUUUGGUUUCUUUUUUAUACUGGUACUUGAGACCAUGGAUAGAAAAAUGGUAGAUGCCACAUUAGCUGCUGCUGCUAGAGUUAGACGGAAGGUUUUUGAAAGGUCUGUAAAAUACAAUAAAUGGAGUGAAACUGACAGCAAGACAGUGGUGCAGGUUGUUGCAGGUAGGACAUAAACAAAAACCAGCAUUCAUGUUUUGAUCAAAUAUUUAAUUAUAUCACCACCAAUAAUUAAAAUGGAUAAUAAUAAUAAUAAUAAUAAUAAUAAUAAUAAUAAUAAUAAUAAUAAUAAUUAUUAUUAUUAUUAUUAUUAUUAUUUAUUUCUCAAUUGGCAAAAUAUCAGUAAUAAGAUAUUUUAAAUUAAUGUAAGUUAGAAAUGUAUUAAAACAAAAUUGAUAUAUAUUAAUGGAGAAAGAAUCUACAACAAUAUGAUAUUCAAUGCAUUUUCAUUAACUGAGCACAAACUGUUCAGAUUGUUAGCCUGGUUGGACUUCAGAUUAGACAUAUUCCACCUUGAUCAGGCUUCUAAAUAUAUGUCUUUUUUAGUCCACAUCAACUCUAACAUCUUGUAUAUGAUAGAAAAAGUAAACAUUUUUAUCUACAAUAAGAUUAGGUCAAACCGAUAACUGGUGCAAAUGACAACAGUGUCAAUAAGUCUUUAGUUUAUUUAAUUUCCACAAAACCACUGUUUUACAAAUAUUCUUUCUCUUAAUUGUACAACAUUCAAAUCAAAUCGGUGAAUUAAUCCUAAAAACAUAGAAAGUGGAAGCUCUGCUUUCACAUCUAGCUCAGCAUUAAGCGUGAGGCAUUUAGCGUUUUUAUAUCUGUGCUUGAUAUGUUGCACUAUUAUGAAAUGAAAUUCUCAUAUAUUUAUUCAGAUUUAUUUAGCCACAAAAAAAAGUGUGUUUUGUGGCUAAAUGAAAUGAUUAUUCAUUGUAACCUAAUUAACAAACAAAUCAGUGACAGCAAUUCUGAAAAAAAAUUAAAAGUACAGAAAACUGGGUUUUAAUUUUGGAUUCAUAAUAAAUGAUUAUUAUUAGAUUUAAUCUAAGAUUAAACAUGAGGGAAGUGUAUGAAUUGAAAUAGGAAAAUUUAAAGAUAGGAAUUAAAAAAUGAAGAAAAUCAGCAAGAGGAAAAAUAAAUUAAAAAAUAAGAUUAACAGUAGAACGGAAAUUCCAUACAUAAUCAAACAGAUUAAAUAAAACACUGCAUGUGAACAUAAAUAAAUAAAUAAAGAGCUCCUGGUGGUUGUGUUUUCCUCCCAAUCUCCACAACUGUAAAUGUUCAUUCAGGAUUGAAGAUCAUGUUUCCCUGCAACGACCAGCACAGAAACGAGUGUUAAAUAUUAAAAUCAUGUGACAUCAUGUGACAUUUCUGGUAAAGAGUGAAAACAACAUGUGUAAAAUGUCUCAUAGUGAUAGUGUUCAAAAUAUAACAAAAAUAAUUAUUUCACUUGCUGGUCCUCCCGCCUGUUUCCCCCUGAUAAUAUUUAACUUUUUAAAAUAUGCUUUUGGUGGUUUUUGCUCUUUUCUUGUGGAAUGUUUCAUGGCUUAAUAUAUAUACCAAGUUUUGUGAUUCAAUCAGUGAUUUCUUUUAUUAUGUGCAUAUAAACAUCAUCCCAAAAACUGCCAUGUACAAGUACAGAAUUUUCCAUGAUUUUCUGGUAUUUUAUAAUUAAGCCUUGCUUUCAUAGCAUUUAUAUAUAUAAAGUAGUGUAAAUCUUUUUAUCGCUGGUUUCAAUUUUCUCUCUUACAACACGACUCUUCUUUCAGACUUCUUUUUUGAAAGCAUGUUAGUGUUGUCCACUCAUACAGUGCUAAAUAUUAAAGUUUCUUGCUCCAUGUUCUGUUCUGUUUAAAGGGGACGUAACUGCAGGGAUGUGCCCACAAGUACUUUUUUUUGUAUAAAAAGAUGUGUGCCUGGAUGUUUUUAUCGUUCCCUCGUUAUUGCAUGAUGGAAAGAUGAUUGUCUUCUUUUUUGCUUUCACUCUGUAGGUGAUGUGUAGUCCACUGUUCUGAUGAAUUCUGAUAGGCAGUGUUUUUCCCUCUUCUUCCACUCAUCCCCUAAAAAUAACUAGCCAUUGUACGUUGAUGGGAUUGUAGUCCUAGAUGUUUCAUAGUCCAUUUAAUUUGAAAAGUUUUAUGAAUCCUGUAAAGUGAUUUUUGUAACCUUCUCUAGUAAAAAUGAUAUUUUCUAUGAUCAACAAA